AUACAUUGACAACGAACGACAAACAAUUUGUCCGUUGUUUUUCUUCAAAAGAUGUUAUAUUCACAGGAAAAUAUGACAGGACAGAAUUUUUCACUUCUACYYAAUGAAUCGUUGCGUCCAGCUCUACUACUAACUGAGAAGGAACACCAAGCUCUCAGAGUAGCGAUCAUAGUUAGCCAUGCAGUCAUAGGCUUGGUAUCUUUACUUGGGAAUACUUGUCUUCUUGCGGUGGUUUGUUUUAAUCAACGAAUGCGAACUAAUGCUAACUAUCUUAUUGUAAAUAUGGCCAUCUCAGACUURUUGUACGUUGUAUUUAUAAUACCAUUAWCAUUACAGCAAGCGAUUGACAAUUCCACGAAAUAUAAGAUUCUUGGAGUGUUUGGUGAGAUAUUUUGUAGAUUGGCUCCAUAUGUACGCGAUAYUUCAUUUACAGUGUCCAUCUUGAGCAUGGUUGCCAUUUCUUUGGAUCGAUAUUUUGCCGUUGUUUAUCCACUUCGACCUAAACCAUUCUUCCUCAAGWUAAAGAUCAUUGUUCCUGUCACCUGGCUUAUYCCUGUAAUAACCUUCGGGCUGUAUCUGAACGUUUAUCGUCUUGAUGGUCCAUUCUGUAUUCCAGUUUGGCCAGCUAAGGAAUCUCAUCAGUACGUUUACUUUUUUGUCGUUGUCUGUUUUUUUAUUUUUCCCUUUUCAGUAAUGACUGUGCUGUACUCGGUGAUUAUACAUAAUAUUAAACGCCAGGAAAUUCCUGGAAACCAGACGUCAGAGAUGGAAAAUACAAGGAGGAAGCGCAACAAAAGCAUCACCAAACUUGGUGUGUUCAUCAUUGUAUGGUUCUUCAUCUCCUGGGCCCCGUAUCAUACCUUCAUGCUGCUUGAUAUCUUGGUUUGGAGGCGAAAACCGCCAGCUCAUUUGGUGAAAACUCUGUGGUUAAAAGUUCAACCUACGUUCGUAUUUUUGUCCAUUACAAGUGUUGCUUCAAAUCCCUGCGUUUGCUUCGCSUGCAGCACAAACUUUAGGAAAUGCUUCAUAAGRCUACUGAGGURCUCAUUAAGCGGACAGCAUGGAAGGGCAGAUACAACAAUCAUUGAUUAUACUAGAGGAUCAAUAGAAGGCAAAAUAAAGUCAACCAUAAGAUGCAGAAAAUCUAAUGAAAUUGGGAUAUCKAACAGCGCUUUGGAGGGCGAUAAAAUUGAAGUAUCAAGAUCAAGAAAGGAUACAAAACUGUAACUUUUACCAAUUGAAAGAAAAGACAAGAUGAUAGAGCAAAAACUUGAAUGUGAUGGCAGUCCAGUCGUAUACAAAGCCGAUAACUAAAUUUCACUAACAUAAACUCUUUGAAGCUCUCACUAUUUAAUCAAGAAAUGAAAAACGUUUUUUUUUUCUAAUUUAAGUGACGUUAUGUAAAUUACAAUAUGAGCUAAAUUAUGACUAUGAGAGCUUUUCAUCAAAAUUAAAAUAUCAAAAAAUACAUAAAAUGAAGCAACACUGCUAAUGCAGAAAGAAAACAUAUACUUUAGUAAGUAAGACCAGCAAAUAUGAAGUAUUGACGUGAGCAUAUAAGAAAAAAAUAAGCCAUAUGCCCUCGAUUGAUUCCUUGUUAGCAUAGRACAUGUUGGCGUGAUUAUUUAGCUUGCCAAACAUUGCGACACGCAUGGUCAGUAAUAAAAGUCUUGCAGGAACUGUUUG